AUGUCCUUUCAACUCGGGCAGGUAUCAGCUAGAGUGUGGAGUAUUCUUGAGGAGGAUACACGUUCCUGCUUUCCGAUCUCCUAUUUGGUCAUUGGCGACGAUAAAGUGUUAAUGAUCGAUACGGGAUGUGGCUGUGGGGACAUCUAUGCAUUUCUUAAGCAGCAAACUAUCAUUAAGGAGAAGAAGAUUAUUGUUGUGAACACGCACAAUCAUCCGGAGCAAG